AUGAAUGCCCAGGAGUGCAAGCACCGAGUUCCGCCACCUGUAGGGGUUCCGGGGUCCUCUGAGGCCCCCGAAUCCCGCGUGGCUGUGGUAACCCCCGGUUUGGUGGCGUUGCCUCCUGCGUGUGGCCAUCGGAGUAUGAGGAUAGUUGGUGGAAGGCCGGCUUCACAAAAGAAGUGGCCCUGGCAGGUGAGCCUGCGGGUCGACGAUGAACACGUGUGCGGAGGCUCCCUCGUUGCCAGCCGCUGGGUGCUGACGGCCGCCCACUGCAUAUAUGGCCAUCUGGACUACACGGCGAAGAUUGGAGACAUACACAUGAGGCAUACCUCCUGGACGGCACUCAAGGUCCCGAUUAUAGAUAUCGUGAUCCACGAAGAUUAUAAGCCUUUUGGAACGAUCGAAAAUGACAUUGCUUUGGCUCUGCUCGAGUUCCCUGUGAAUUACACCUCACACAUCCAGCCCGUGUGCUUCCCAGAAAAGGCUUUCAUGGUGCAAGCUGGUACAGAGUGCUGGGUGACCGGAUGGGGAAAAUUACACGAAAAAGACGCAGCUCCAGAACUGCUUCAGGAGGCCGAACAAAGCAUCAUUCGCCAUGAGAAGUGUAAUGAGAUAAUCAAGAAGAAGUUGAGGAGUGAGGCUAACAUGGUCAAGAAAGGGACCGUCUGUGGUUACAAUGCCCUAGGAAAGGACUCCUGCCAGGGAGAUUCUGGGGGGCCCCUGGUCUGUGAAUUUAAUAAGACCUGGGUCCAGGUGGGGAUUGUGAGCUGGGGCAUUGGCUGUGGUCGCAGAGAAUUUCCUGGAGUUUAUACAGAAGUUAGUUUCUACAAGGACUGGGUCAUUGAUCACAUGAGUCAGGCUUCUUCUCAGUACUCGGCAGGCUUCCUCCUCCUGCCCCUGUGUCUGGGGCUGCCCCUGGGCGUCCUGGCGGCUCCCUGA